GGCUGCGCGCGGGCCGGCGGGACGAUUCCGGCUACGCUAUGGAGCUCCUACUGCCUGUCACCCUCCUCCUCCUCCUCCUCCCCUUACUGCUCGUCCCUUUGGCGUUCCUAGCGAGGAGGCCCCACGGCCGGCGGACACCUCCCCUCAGUCUCCUGGUGGUGGCUGGCUCCGGUGGGCACACAACAGAAAUCCUGAGGUUACUUAGCUGUUUGUCAGAGUCAUACUCUCCAAGGCAUUAUGUUUUUGCAGACUCAGAUAAGAUGAGUGAAGCUAAAAUAUGUUCUUUUGAACAAAAAAGGGCUGAAACAUUCUCCAAUUCCCAGUUCACCCUUGAUCGCAUUCCCAGGAGCCGUGAGGUUAGACAGUCUUGGAUGUCCUCUGUGGGAACAACCCUCUACUCCUUGCUUUACUCCCUUCCUUUGACCUACAGACUGAAACCAGAUUUGAUACUGUGCAAUGGGCCAGGAACAUGUGUUCCUGUCUGUAUAGCUGCUCUCCUCCUUGGGCUUCUCAGAAUAAAGAGAGCAGUCAUUGUGUACGUGGAGAGCAUCUGCCGUGUGGAAACUUUAUCCUUGUCUGGAAAGAUUCUCUACUACUUGUCAGAUUAUUUCAUUGUUCAGUGGCCUGAGCUGAAGGAAAAAUACCCCAGGUCAGUGUAUCUUGGUCGAAUAGUGUAACCCCAGGGGAGUUUUCCCUCAAAUAAACUCUGUGAGCUCCUGACUGCAGAAAUGCAUUCAGGUAGUGGUUUAUUUCCACUGUGAAGAAAUCAGGCUGGUGCCUGAUUAUUGAGACAGUAAUAAAGAUAUGCCCACACUGAAGUACAUUUUCAUGUAGCUGUCUUUAUCCAUCCUGCAGGUCUGUUCCCCAAGAGCCUACAAUGGCCUUAGGUCUGUGCUCUCUCUCUCUCUUUUCAUCUAGUUUUCCUGCUCUGUGAAUGGCAAUUUUUGUCUACAAAUAAAUAUGGGGAUUUGUAUGAGUGUAACAUUUCCUGUAAGGAAACUUUGUGUGGUUUUCCAAAUGGUAAGAAACAAAGUCUUGUUCUGGCACAACAGGCUUUAUUUCUUGUAUGC